CUCUUAGUUAGAUACUGUGAGUCUUUGAUUCGUUUGUUCCAAGACGCUACUCAAUAUAGCCUGCAAGUCCCCUGCUUGAUUGAACAGCAAGCACAGCAAUAACUCCACCUUCCUUUUUAUCAUUGGCCUCUGAAAGGAAGAGAGGGAUCGAGACGAUGAAAAUGAGAAUUUCACUCGCUUUUUUUCUUAUUCUACUUCUGCUGGCUUCUGCUUCUUCUGGGUACAGCGAUCUUGAAAUACUGUUGAAGAUGAAAACCUCCAUGCUCGGACCACAUGGUCGUGGCCUUGAUGAUUGGAAAUUUUGGCCAUCUUUCUCUGCUCACUGCUCUUUCUCUGGAGUUACAUGCGAUGAAGAUUCACGUGUGGUGUCUCUUACACUCUCGUCUCAUUGCCUUCUCACUGGUUAUAUCCCUCCAGAAAUUGGACUGUUGAACAAGCUCGUCAACCUCACCCUCUCUUCUCAUAAUCUCACCAGAAGCCUCCCUCUGGAAAUGGCAGACCUCACGUCUCUUAGAUUUUUAAACAUUUCCAAUAACGGUUUCGUGGGCAAUUUCCCUGGAGAAAUCACUCUUGGCAUGGCGCAGCUUGAGGUUCUUGACAUUUACAACAAUAACUUCUCGGGUCCAUUGCCAGUGGAGCUCGCACACCUGAAGAAUCUCAAGCAUCUUCAUCUGGGAGGAAACUACUUUUCUGGCUCGAUACCAGAGUUGUAUUCGGAGAUUCAGAGUUUGGAGUACUUGGGGUUGAAUGGAAAUGGACUUUCCGGCAAAGUCCCUUCAAGCUUGGCUAAGUUGAAGAAUCUUAGGAGCCUGUACCUUGGGUACUAUAGUUCAUACGAAGGAGGUAUUCCACCGGAGUUUGGCUUCUUGAGUUCGCUUGAAGUACUCGACAUGGCGUUCUGUAAUCUCACAGGCGAGAUUCCUUCAACAUUAGGUCUACUAAAGCGCCUGCAUACCUUGUUUCUUCAAAUGAAUAAUCUCUCAGGUUUUAUCCCUCCUGAACUCUCUGGUUUAAUUAGCUUGAAAUCUCUUGAUCUCUCGAUCAAUGGCCUCACUGGAGAGAUACCAGAGAGCUUUUCGGAGUUGAAGAAUAUCACCCUAAUCCAUCUGUUUAGGAACAACAUGUACGGUCAAAUCCCGGAGUUUAUUGGUGAUUUUCCAAAUCUUGAAGUGCUUCACGUUUGGGGGAACAACUUCGUAUUUGAGCUCCCGAAGAAUCUAGGCCGGAGCGGGAAGCUGAAGAUGCUGGACGUGUCGUUCAAUCAUCUCACGGGCACGAUACCUCGGGAUUUAUGCAAAGGAGGGAAAUUGGAGGAGUUGAUUCUCAUGAAUAAUUUCUUCCUUGGACCGCUUCCUGAAGAACUUGGCCAGUGCAAGUCUCUGUCCAAAAUCCGAAUUAUGAAUAACUUCCUCACAGGAACUAUCCCUGCCGGAAUCUUUAAUCUGCCGUUGGUAACUGUGGUUGAGUUGAAUGACAACUUCUUCUCCGGAGAACUCCCUUCUGAGAUGUCUGGGAAUGAAGUCGGGCUAUUGACAAUUUCUAACAAUAACAUUUCUGGAAGAAUUCCCCCGGCGUUUGGGAAAUUGAGCAAUUUACACAUUUUAUCGCUUGGUCUCAACAAAUUUUCUGGUGAAAUUCCUGGUGAAAUCUUCAGUCUCAAGUACCUGACCACGAUCAACAUCACCGGCAACAACCUGACCGGUGAAAUUCCUCCUUCAAUUUCCCAGUGCGCUUCUCUAACUGCAGUUGAUUUCAGUCGAAACAGGCUCCAAGGCGAAAUUCCAAAAGGGAUUGCAGAACUGAAGGAUUUGAGCAUUCUCAACAUCUCUCAAAAUCAGCUAACUGGCCAAAUACCUAGCGACAUUCGGUACAUGACAAGCCUCACAAUUCUCGAUCUCACCUACAACAAUUUGCUGGGCAGAAUCCCCACGGGAGGGCAGUUUCUGGUGUUCAACGGAAGCUCCUUCGUAGGAAAUCCCAACCUUUGUGCACCGCGCCAACCUUCUUGCCCGUCUCUCAUUACUCUGAGUGGAGGCUCGGGUCACGGCCAGACGGCAUCGUUCGGCACGUCGAAGCUAAUAAUCACGGUCAUUGCACUUGUCACCGUGUUGCUGCUAAUAAUCCUGACUGUGUACAGAAUGAGGAAGAAGAGGCUCCAGAAAUCAAGAGCUUGGAAGCUAACCGCAUUCCAACGGCUGGAUUUCAAAGCAGAGGACGUCCUGGAGUGCUUGAAAGAAGAGAAUAUCAUCGGCAAAGGCGGUGCCGGAAUCGUUUACCGUGGAUCCAUGCCAGACGGUGUUGACGUCGCAAUCAAACGACUGGUGGGUAGAGGGAGCGGAAGGAGCGAUCACGGAUUCUCCGCCGAGAUUCAAACUCUGGGGAGAAUCAGGCACCGACAUAUUGUGCGGCUGUUGGGUUACGUAUCGAACAAGGAUACCAAUUUGUUACUAUACGAAUACAUGCCAAAUGGGAGCUUAGGAGAGCUUUUGCAUGGAUCAAAGGGAGGACAUUUGAAGUGGGAGACAAGGUACAGGAUCGCCGUUGAGGCGGCUAAGGGGCUGUGCUAUCUUCACCAUGACUGCUCUCCUCUGAUAAUACACAGGGAUGUGAAGUCCAACAACAUCUUGCUUGAUUCAGACUUUGAGGCUCAUGUGGCUGACUUUGGACUGGCCAAAUUCUUGCAGGACGCUGGCGCAUCAGAGUGCAUGUCCUCCAUUGCUGGGUCCUAUGGUUACAUCGCACCAGAAUACGCUUACACGCUGAAGGUGGAUGAGAAGAGCGAUGUCUACAGCUUUGGUGUGGUGCUGCUGGAACUUAUAGCAGGAAGGAAGCCAGUGGGUGAAUUUGGAGAUGGAGUGGACAUAGUGAGAUGGGUGAGGAAAACAACAUCAGAAGUUUCUCAGCCGUCGGAUACUGCUUCAGUUUUGGCAAUCUUGGACUCCAGGCUUACUGGGUACCCACUUACAGGUGUGAUUCACCUGUUUAAGAUAGCUAUGAUGUGUGUUGAGGAUGAAAGUUCUGCUAGGCCUACCAUGAGGGAAGUUGUUCACAUGCUUACUAAUCCUCCUCGCCAGUCCGCCGCAAGCCUGUGUAUCCUUUGAGUCCCUGUAGUAUAAAUGAAUGUUUUUCAGCAAUAAAAACCAAAAUAUAUCGUAAUAAGCUUGUGAAAAAUUAUAGCUUUCCUUGCUUGGCUCACAGUUACAUGUGAAAUAUGCAAUUUUCUGUGUUUUUGUAAACUUUGCCUUCAUGAAAUGAAAGUGCUACUGUGAUUAACAUGCUCAA